AUGGCCCACCUCCGUGAUUCUCUGCUGAGCUCUCUGCCUAGAGACACACUUUCUACCGCAACGAUCGACCAUGCUCACAGAGAUCAGGAAGGUACACGCCAGUCUGUCGCUCGGGGUGAAUCCAAAGAGGUUCGAGAUAUGGCCUUCAAUGGUGUAGACUCCCUCGAAGGCCACAUUCAUCCCCUGUGGUAUAUGUACUACGAACUUGGCAAAGCAGUCUCCUCGGAAUCACCUGAGCAUGAGGGACUAGUCCCCGAUAUCCUCCGCAUUCAAGGGAUGGGGCCGUUGACUAGACCUGCACGCGGAGUCCAUGAGAUUGAUAUCGCAAGAACUGUCGACGGUACACUGUGGAACGAUCCUCCCUUCUUGGUUGGCGAUAUGACCAAUUUCUGGAUCAAUCCCGCUACUCUAUGUACCAAGCAGUUUGAGGUCUUUCAUCUGUUACCAGCUGCUGUUGCUUGGCUGAAAAUAGCAAGCCACAACCUCCUUUUGCUAUCAGAAAUGUGUUGGAACGACUUCCCUAGCCACAUCAGCAAGGGUAAAGCUAAGGAGGCCAAUGAGAAAUCCCUGGAGAAGCUUGCCACUGAUGGCAUCCAGUACAUAAUCAGCACAGUCAAGCAAAGGAAUUCUGAGAUACUCAGGGCUUACAAGAAUGGUGGCAAUGCCCUGCAUCAGGAUAAGCAUCUUUCGUGCCUAAAACCCCUUGCACGCGUUGAGGAGCCAGAAUCGUAA